AUGCUGUCCAACAAAUGCUGUCCUAAACAACCCAACAGAUGCUGUCACCUCCAACAAAUGCUGUCCAAAACAACCUCCAACAGAUGCUGUCCCAAACACCUCCAACCUGUCCAAAACACCUCCAACAUGCUGUCCCAAACACCUCCAACAGAUGUUGUCCCAAACACCUCCAGCAGAUGCUGUCCUAAACAACCUCCAACAGAUGCUGCCAACAGAAUGCUGUCCCAAAUACCUCCAACAGAUGUUGUCCCAAACAUCUCCAACAGAUGCUGUCCCAAACAACCUCCAACAGAUGCUGUCCCAAACACCUCCAACAAAUGCUGUCCUAAACAGCCUCCAACAGAUGCUGCCCUACACACCUCCAACUGA